AUGGCCGAGAAGCGCAGGGGCUCGCCGAGCGGCGCGCUCAGCCUCCGGGCGCACGCCUUCUCCGUGGAGGCGCUGAUCGGUGCCGAGAAGCAGCAACAGCUGCAGAAGAAGCGGAGAAAGCUGGGCGCCGAGGAGCCGGCCGGGGCUGCGGACGACGGAGGCUGCAGCCGGGGCGGCGGCGCUGCCGAGAAGGGCUCCUCCGAGGGAGACGAGGGCGCUGCGCCCCCGCUGCCGGCGCGGGGCUGUGCGGACGCGGAGCGCGGCUGUGGCUCCCGCGCACCGGCGGGCAGCGGUGAGGACGGCUUCCUGCAGGGCACGUCCCCGCUGGAGUCCCCCGGAGGCUCCCCGAAGGGGUCCCCGGCGCCUGCCUUGCCCGGGUCCGGGACCCCGACGCCCUCGCUGCAGACGCCGCGGGUAGAUCUGCAAGGAGCGGAGCUCUGGAAGCGCUUUCAUGAGAUCGGCACGGAGAUGAUCAUCACCAAGGCGGGCAGGCGCAUGUUUCCUGCAAUGAGAGUGAAGAUCUCCGGAUUAGAUCCUCACCAGCAAUACUACAUUGCCAUGGAUAUUGUACCAGUGGACAACAAAAGAUACAGGUAUGUGUACCACAGCUCCAAGUGGAUGGUGGCUGGCAACGCUGACUCCCCUGUGCCUCCGCGCGUGUACAUUCAUCCAGACUCGCCUGCCUCUGGAGAGACUUGGAUGAGACAGGUGAUCAGCUUCGACAAGCUGAAGCUUACCAACAAUGAGCUGGAUGACCAAGGCCAUAUCAUUCUUCAUUCCAUGCACAAAUACCAGCCACGAGUGCACGUCAUCCGUAAGGACUGUGGAGAUGACCUGUCUCCCAUCAAGCCUGUCCCAUCUGGGGAGGGAGUGAAAGCCUUCUCCUUCCCAGAAACUGUCUUCACAACUGUUACAGCAUAUCAGAAUCAGCAGAUUACUCGCCUUAAGAUAGACAGAAAUCCAUUUGCCAAAGGCUUUAGAGACUCUGGAAGAAACAGAAUGGGUUUGGAGGCGUUAGUGGAGUCCUAUGCAUUCUGGCGACCUUCACUAAGGACUCUUACCUUUGAAGAUAUCCCUGGGAUUCCCAAGCAAGGCAAUGCCAGCUCUUCCACCUUACUCCAAGGUACUGGGAAUGGUAUUCCCGCCACCCACCCUCACCUGCUGUCUGGCUCCUCUUGUUCCUCUCCUGCCUUCCAUCUGGGGCCCAACACCAGCCAGCUGUGUAGUCUGGCCCCAGCUGACUAUUCUGCCUGUGCCCGUUCAGGCCUCACCCUCAACCGAUAUAGCACAUCCUUGGCCGAGACCUACAACAGGCUCACCAACCAGACCAGUGAGACGUUCACCUCGCCGAGGACUCCCUCCUACGUGGGUGUGAGCAGCAGCACCUCCGUGAACAUGUCUAUGGGUAGCACCGAUGGGGACACCUUCAGCUGCCCGCAGUCCAGCUUGUCCAUGCAGAUCUCCGGAAUGUCCCCCCAGCUUCAGUACAUCAUGCCCUCGCCCUCUAGCAAUGCCUUUGCUACUAACCAGACCCAUCAGGGUUCCUAUAACACUUUCAGGUUACACAGCCCCUGUGCCUUGUAUGGAUAUAAUUUCUCUACAUCCCCAAAACUGGCUGCCAGUCCUGAGAAAAUUGUUUCUUCCCAAGGAAGUUUCUUGGGGUCUUCACCAAGUGGGACCAUGACUGAUCGACAGAUGUUACCCCCUGUGGAAGGAGUGCACCUGCUUAGCAGCGGGGGUCAGCAGAGUUUCUUUGACUCUAGGACCCUAGGAAGCUUAACUCUGUCAUCAUCUCAAGUGUCUGCACAUAUGGUCUGACGAAGCCUUUAAGUUAAACUGUAUUUGAAUCUGUCUAGUGUAUUUGCAGUCUUUUUUUUUUUUUUAAACAGUGUGGAAGGAAAUUAUCUGUAGCUUGUAAAAUGUAUAUGUGAUAGCAAAGGAAGGCUCACUACGGUUUUUGACUUUCUCAUGGUGAGAUUGUAAACUAUCUACGUGCAUACUGCUACAGAUCACAUGAAGCCCCUCUCUUCGCCCCUUCCUGCACCCAGUCCCACAGAGUAUUAGCACGCAUGUAGUGUGUUUAAUCAACUUCUUAGACUCUUUUGAAAGCAAAGUAGUAAACUUGAAACUUGACAAUGAUAUGAACCAGAUGAAGACUUAUAACUUAUCAGAAAAGUGGCCUAAACUCUUUGUAACUGAGCUUUUAUAACCAGUCUAACUUUAACAUAGAGCCUUGUGACUUCUGUAGUUCUUGAACACAGUGUGGGAACCUAAAACGCAAAUGCCAACUGAAGUCUUAGUAUUGGUUCUGAGGUACUUGGAAUAUAGAUUGGACUUUGCAUUCCUGUUUAUUCUUAUUUACUAUAAAUAUGAUUUCAAAUCUGUAACAUUCGUAACUCCUUAUUUCCUAAGGAAGGUGGAAGGGAAAUGUGAUUUUUUUUUUUUUUUUAGUUUCCAUCAGGCAGAAAAUGUAUAUUUCCACUACUUUGGUUUUGGGGUCAUUUUAUUUAGUUCAUUAAAUAAGCCACAGAAGAAUAUCCUAUAAACAUUCUUAAAUUCCAUUUUCUAGCACAGGAGGAAUAUAUGAGUAAUGGGAAAAAGAAAAAAAUUGCUGUCAAAUUCUUUGAUUCCUAUGAAAAAUGUUUAUCUUGUUAAACACAGAGAAAUAAUGUUGCCCACUAUUCCUUAGGUAUUCAUGUACUUUGGUUUUUCAUUGCGAUUUUUUUUUCUUGUACCUUAAAGCCUAACUCAUGAUCUAUGAGUAAGGAAAGCCCUCUAAGCUACUUACUGUAUUUAUGGCUGGUAACUCCUACAAAUUGAAACUUUCCCCCUCCUUAACCUUAUCCCUCUGUCUGAGCUUGUCCAAAGCAGACAGGUCUUAGGCCUUUAUGGUGUUAAAGCUGCAAUGAAUUUCUGAGGGUUAUCUCCAGCAAUCUGUCUUGUGGGGAUUGUAGUGAAAGGCCAAAGUCCACUAUUAUAAAGGCCCUUUUGGAGUACUAACGAGGAAGAUACUAAUUAUGAUAAAGAAGCUAUAAAACUUUGAACCUCAACAGCAUUUUUAACCUCUGAAAAUGAAAAUAGCAUUACUUUUUAAAAGUCCUUCAAAUAAUAUACAUAUGGUUUAUGAGUUCAAAACAAGUGACCAGUAGUACAUUAUAAGGUAAAUCAGAAUAGCUAAGCAUGCCUAAUGAAGUAUAUUGCCCUUCUGCUGAGAAAAUAAGAUGAUACAUUUUCCUGUCAACUGGUUACAUUUAAUAUACUCGACAAGCAAAAGCUGUGUGAUUUCCCUUCGCUGCUUAACAAUUGUGUUCACCUGUUCCUAGUUUAGGGAAGAAAGGGUGCCGCUCAUGACUUGCUUCUUUACUUUAAAUGACCACAAUUGUUAGAUAUUUAGGGGAAGAUACUGUUUGAAAAGAAUUUUCAGGCUCUGACUCUACUUAAACAUACUGAAAGUUGUUCUUGUGGAUUCUAUAAGCAGUUCAUCAAGUUAGCGUUGACCCCUGAGAUUAGCAUGAAGGAGCACGAAGUGUUUGCAAUAGACAGAGCUGUGUGAGAUUUUAUGUAUGAUGUUAAUAGCUUUGACAACAAUUUGGGCAAAACUUUGAGUGUGUCUUUUUAUAGUCUUAGUUCUUGGUAUGCUUAAAGGAGAAUCUUUUUCCAUCUUGAGAAGUCAAAAAAAGCAAUGCUUUAUUUUCAUAUAUAUUAGUAAUCAGAGCAAUUUCUUCUUACAGAUGAUAAUUUGAAAUGAUGCUACAAUAUGAGUAGAAUUUUUAUUAAUCUUUUUUGGUAAAAUUUAGCAAUAUUGUACAAAUGCCAUUUCUUUUAGAUUUUCCUGUAAAUAUUAAUCACAGUGUCACUUCAAAGACUAACAUUCUAUUGUUAUAUUAAAUUACAUACAUUG